AUGGUUGCCAGAUAUCUCCUCGCAGGCUGCGUUGCAGCUUUGUCUGCUGUGGUUUCCGCUCAAAAUGAUGUCGCGGUGGAGGAACAGAUACCCUCCAUAUUCGAUCGCGUGAACACACUUUUCACCUUCACCGAUUGUGCGGCACCAGGAGAAAUGCAAACUUGCUGGCAAGCGCAGAACUACACCGAUGAAUAUGGCUAUGUCGCGUGCUCAGGUCUGCAAAACAGAAUCCAAUGCACUCUGACAAACUGCUGGAACAGGGUAACUAUCAUCACAUUGCCAAAAAACAACCUUCAAGCGUUGACAUGUUACAGGNUCUACUCGUGCGACUAUCAGCAACUCUUGCUAGCAUACAACGAAACCUGUAAUGAUCCGGACCCAGAUUCGGACAUAUGGCAGAUUCUGGAUCUGCCAUUCUACCCAGCUCCUGCUGAUGCCGCUGGAGAAUGCAGCUGUAAUCUCAAGACCGUUCGCGACAGUUCAGAGGACCUCUUCGAUGGAUUCGAAACUUGUCUCCAAAAGGUCCACGAUGAAGAAGGCUAUAAGAAUGACUGGGACGAUCAAUACGGCGGCUUCGGAAAACCAGCCCCACAAUGCAAUUGUUGUCUCUAUGGUGCAACCGCUGCUGACCAGAACCCCGGCUUCAUCAUGUUGGAUACUGUCAAGCAACUGUAUAUCGACUGGCCCGAAAUGGGCGGCAACAUUACCAUAGGAGAUUGUCCUUCCAUCUUGGCGAACCAGAGUUUCAGCUGCACUGACUAUGGCUUUACAAACUAUGGCAAGAAUGCCUCUGACUAUGCAAAGCCUACUCCACUUCACUCAGCUACUGGAACUUGGAGCGAUGUCAACGGCAUCCUUACCAGCCCUGUGAGCGGCCCAACUUAUACCUGGACAGCAUGGAACACGACCUUUACGAUUACCGCUGCUUCGGUGGAGGCUGUGGCUACGAGGACUGCUAGUGCCAGUGCUAGUGAGAAGGUCACGAGUGGUUCUUCGGGCAGUGCGAGUGGCACUGCGACAAGUGAGACUGUAAAGAGCACUGGUGCCGCACCUACGAAUGGAGCAUUGCAGCAUUCUGCAGCUGCUCUUGUGGGACUUGCUGGAUUUGCUCUUGCUCUC